AGUUUCCAAGAUGGCGGACAACAUUGACUUAAAUACUGUCUAGGUUUAGGGCCUGGAGCACUUUUAUUUAUGUUAUCUAUGUAUCGUAGCCGAUGAAUAUGAAAGCAGCAGGUUCCGAACAAUACGAAGAGUAUGGAAUUAAACCGCCAAAGGUUCGAAAUCUCUCUUACCUUCGAAGAAAUUCCGUGACAACGUUAGGAAAUGGGGCGAAUCGUCGGUGUUGAGUAGAAGACGAGUUAUAAUUGUGCCCAGCAUAAAAUGUGCGGCUAGAGAAGUGAAUGUGACAACAGAAGAUAAAGGUAAGGACAUGGAUGAUACAGGAUAUUUGGUCAGUCUUACGCACAUAAAUGCAUCAUUUCUUUAAAGAAGCUUUUAAAAACAUUAUCUGUACAUGUGCCUGCAUACACGCUUUUUUUUUGAAAAAGUUCAAGGAAGGCAAUUAAAUUUUCUACGAACUCGAUGUACGCGGUUUUUUAAGAAAAGACUGUAGAUAAGUAACGGGUGCCUCAUUGUAAGUGUCUGAUCAGGUGAACGAUCAUUACUGCGUGCCAUAUUAAGGUAAAAAUCUUAGUGUGUUCCCUUGAAAUCUGAGUUGAAAUGCUCAAGUUACGAUUCGCCUUCAAAGUUCAUCCCAUCAACCAGGUAGGAUUGUUUAUAUGGGAAAAUAUCUGAACCAGCCAAUCUUGCCAAUCCGCUCUAGUCUGUCGAUUACUUUAUGGAGUAAUUGAAUUUUAUAAAAACCAGUAAAGUGUUAAAGCUAAAUCUCUGAAAUCAACCCAGUGGGCUUUACUUAGCUCAGAUGAAGAAGCUAUGGCAUAAUUUUUGUUCACACUGAUGAUUCAUUGAAUUUACAAAACAUAUCAGUAUCUUAAUUAUUACUGUAUUACUAAAAAUAAGAAAGUUUUUUCCCCAAAAGAUUAAUUUACUUUGACUAUUAAACCAUUCAGACAAGAAUGUUUAUCAAGAUUCUGAAGAUGACAUAUUUGCUCGGCAAGUUGAAAGAUACAAAAAGCAGUUGCAGGAACGGAAAAAGACCAGGGAAAUUUUAAACAACUGUGGGCUCAGACAAGACUGGCUUAAAAACAAGACUGGUAAAACUGAACUUGAAAGAAGAGUUUUGAAAAGAAUACUGUUGAAAGGAAAACCUGAGAUUACAAUCAAAAAGGUGUGUUACUUAACCCUUUAACUCCCACGAUCUGAUUGUUAAUUCUCCCCUCUAGCUGCUACUCAUUUCUUUGUAAAUAAGUUAGGAGAAUUUGGUGUCAUUGAGAUAACAACUUCAACCAGAUAAGUUUGAAUAUUCUCAUGACCUGUUUGCUGGAUAAUGUUUGGAUAUUAUAGAGAGAAGUAACUUGUUAAUCACUCCUGGGAGUUGAGGGGUUUAAGAAUAUGUUUUAAAUCAUGUGAGAGCUUUCCUUGUUGAAUAACUAAGAACAAAAACUGAAUAAGUCAACACAUGCCAUAAGGAUGUGGGUCAAGCCUCAGGCACAGAAAUUUAGUGAGAAAAAAGAAAGUUUGUUCAAGCAACAUUGUUAGGGCUGAUAAUUCAUUCAAAAACAUGCAACAGAUCAGUUUCUCUAAUAAAACAUCUUUUCUGGAGCAGCCCAGACAUAAAAUUAUGGAAUCUAUGGAAAAGUCAUUCUGUUUACUUUUGGUGAAAAUAUUUGAAGAAUCUUCCUAUGUUGUAGAUCCUCAAAGAUCUUCAUAACGACCUUUGAGGAUCCUUCAAGGAUAUUCUGAGCUCUUACAAGUUGUUAUCUACUUGUAAUAGUGUGAGCAGAAAGGCUAAUAAUGAUGAAGAUUAUGCUCGCACAACCACCUCUACAUGUUUCUUGGCUUUCCGUGAUGUUUUUUCAGAUACAUUAUACAUGUAAACAAGUAAUAACAUGAUUUCUCUAGCAAUUUGUUGAAAAGCACUUGUAAAUUUUUCAAAGACUAAAAAUUAAACUUGCCCCACCAGCUUGUACAAUUUUGUUGUCUAUGAAAACUUUACUCCUGCUUAUUAACACCAAAUUGCAAGAGAAAUCAUGUUAUUACCUAUACUUCUACCAUUUCUCGGAGAAUUAAAGGAAAUGUAGAAACAGGGCUGGGCUGAGCUCCAAAUUUUCAAUACAAGUUUUAACAAAGGAUGGCUGUGGAGGUCAAUCACCCCUCCCUACUUAUACCACCAACGAAAUGAAAAACUUUGUGUCAGUUUUUUCAACUACUGUGUUGAUGCAUGAUUAUUGUUUUUAAUAUCAUGGAUCUACCAUAGUUACUGGCACAGUGGGUUCAUACUAUGAAACAGCUUUUACUGAUUUUAAAGCUGCCGCAAGUCCUUUUAUCACUCAUCUUUGAGGCUCAUGCCAGUGUAAUAAUGCAUUCAUGUUCUUGUAUUAAAUUUUCAUUUUGUUACUCACCAGGCUCCCACUCCUCCCCCAGAGACUGAAGAGGACACAACAGUAACUGGUGAAGACAGGGGGGUACCUACCAUUCACCAUCCCUCCCCAGCUGCCUUAGCAAUCAUUCAAAAAUACUUAGAUCGCAAAAGGAUGCGCCUGUUGGAUCUGUUUGCUCAAGCUGACAAAGACAAGAACUGGGUGGUGUCACGGCAAGAGUUCAGGAACAUUAUCCGAUCAUGGCGGAUUCCACUCACAGAUGUUGAUUUGGAGGAUUUGAUAUUGGCUCUGGACAGAGAUAACAGUGAUGCAUUAGACUACAGAGAACUGGCAGUUGGUAGACAGUCGUAUCUGGAGGAGAGGUGGGCAUACAUGUGCAAUAUUCUGUUUCAAUUUGCAAAUCUGAACUACUUUUUGUCGCUCUUAUCCAGGGCUGUUACAAUUUUUUGGGUUUGUCCUGUUUGGCUUUGUUUGAGUGCUCUUAUAUUGGACAUUCACAGUUUUGUACAAACAAAAUCAAAGAUGCAAUAGCCAAUGAAAACAAAGAACAAUAUCAGAAGGGGAAAUGAGAACUAAGAAAUAAACACUUUGAAUGAGGUAACUGGCUGCCAGCUUAAGCAAAUACCAGUGACAAAGUUACAAUUGGUUUUGGGUUUGCAUGUGAUUAACCCUUUAACUCCCAUUAGUGAUUAACAUGAAACUUCUCCCAAUAAUAUCCAAUAACAUUAUCCAGCAAACAGGUUAUGAGAAUACUCAAACUUAUCAGGUAGAGGUUGUUAUCGUGAUCUAACACCAAAUUCUCUUAACUAAAUUACAAGGAAAUGUCUAGAAGCUAGAAGGAGAAUUAUGCAUCAGAUCUUGGGAGUUAAAGGGUUGGGUUAUGGCUGGGUAUUAUUUUUUUUUUUUUCAAUAAGGCCAGUCAGUCAGAUCAUACCAAAUCAAAUAUUCAAAUAUUACAAUGUUCUUUCAACUUCUAAUAUUAUUGUGUAAAGCUUUAAUGUCAAGAGGCUGGAAGUCAUUGAAUGUCCCCUAGCACACAAGUAUUGGAAGGUAGACUAAGAAAGCAGUGGUCAGUACCUGGCCACUUUGCGGACAUGUCAACUUGCCAAAACCAACUGGCUGACACUAUUAGUUAUCUACAUGUGGUGUGGUAUAUUGGGGUCAGCAAGUUGUCAUGGCCUCAAAGUGACUUGUUACUGGUCAGUUACAACACUGAAUUUCACAGGUAUAUGAACAAAAUUCCAAAAACGUAGGUGUUGGGUGACAUAGGCUCCACAACAGCAAAAAAAAAUGAAAAAAAAGAAAGGAAUAAAGAACAAUAAAAAUAUAACCUUACACAGCCUUGAUUUAGAUGAGAUUAUGGCAUGAACUGGCAAAUUGGGUGCAUUAAUUUUUAACCUUCAUUUCUUUUGAAGGGUCACUAAACAAGUGGCAGAGAUUGUCCAAACUGCUAACACUAAAACUUCCAAAAGACCUGAAACCAUUUUUGAGGAGCCUGAACCUGCUUAUGACCCCACUAACGAAAAAUGGUCUGGCACUGGAACACAAAGACCUCCAUCACCUCAAAGACCACCCUCACCACGAGCCAACCCUCAAAAAAGACCCUCAUCCUCACCACAGAGACCCUUAACCCCUUCAUCUGCUCCUGUACAACCAGUGGCCUUUAUAGCACAGCGGCCAGGGUCUGAUCCCCAGUUGCGGCGCUCUCGGCCUGUGUCACCCUCAAGUAGUGGAAGUAUUGAGAGCUUAUCACCCACCCUGUUGGAGAUACCACCUGUUCAGUUAUCAGAGAAAGUGGACCAGUUGACUCAAGAUGAGGUAUGGGACUGAUCUCCUGGAAGGAAGGGGAGGGGAGGUGGCGGGUGUCUGAGGAUUCUGGUUGUGUCUCGGUAAAAAUGACCCGACCCCUACCCUCAGUAUCCUUCUUUUUUCAUAGUCCUCCCUUUAUACUUUGUUAACGACGACUAAUGAUUCCCCCUGAAAACCAUGUGAUCUGAACAAAAUCAGUGAAAAUAAUAGCCAAUCAGAAGAAGAAGGAAAAUACCUUAAAGAGCCAAUGAGAGCUCAAGGUUAAAAACAAUGCGACUGCCUAAAGCGCGGGAAAACGCGGGCGACCAAGUCGUGUCGGUUUUUAGUUUUGCAGCUAAUUGGUUGAGAGAGUGGCGUGAGUUUUCUGGACCAAUCACAAAGCGAAGUAAAGCAAAAACAAGGCAUUCCGGACUAAUUUUGGCACUUAAUUAAAAAUUGCUCUUACUUGAUCAUAUUAUUAAUCCUUGUUAGUCUGGUUGUUGUUUUUUUCACUCAAUUUAUUGCCCUCAAAUGAUGGAGAAGUCGACGAUGAAUCUUGUUAUCCAAUAUAAAAGACUUACAUGUAUCUAAUCAUGCGAACUAAACUUAUAGGGUCACGCUCCACCAGGAUGCAUUGCGGGGGUAAUGACCAUUCUCAGUGCUUUCUGUCAUACAGAAAGGGAACGUUUACCGGGUUUGACAUAUUAUUGUCUUGCGAAUUCUUCAAUUUUGUCUUUCGUCCUGUCCCAUAGACAGAAAAGAGGUCCUCAAUGGGGUUAACCGAUAGCAGUAAAACGGCCACAAAAUUUAGUCGCUAGGCGUAAAAAUUUACAAAUUUUAACCGUUAUUCGUAAAAAAAGGUAACCGUAAAAAACAUUUCUAGUGGAAACAACGGAAAGAUGUUAACCAUUAGCCAUAAAAGCCAUCACCUCAUUGAGACCGUCAGAAAACGUCAUCAGUAUGCCUCUUCUAAAGUGGCGAUUUAGUUAUACUCUUGGUCAUAAUACCCUUCUUCUAAUUGUGCAAUGAAAACAUUGGCACAAGGUAUUGCUGUUGUGGCAUUCUUUGCCGUUACCGUUCGGUUUGUGAGAAAAAGUAUGGAGUUCCUGGAUAAUAACGAUAACAGUGGCGCACGAAGCACACUGUUUGAGCGCGGCGCUUUGAGAUACUGAAAGAUCCGUCGCUUUUUAUGUACGCGAACACGGUUCAUUGAAGUCCAGAUGUAUGAUGGAAAAUAAAGUGACAUAAAAUUUAAAGUAAAGAACUUAUUUCUUCAUUGGCAGCCCUCAGCCACCAUACAGAGGCACAAUGUAACCUUUUUUUUUGUGGUAUUUCAGAUAAAAGACAGACGCAUGAAAAAACAACAAAAACGGAAAGAAAAAGAAAAAGCCAAACAGAAAAAGAGAACUGCGCCAGAAAAAGUGUCUGUGGCUCCAUCCACCCUAGGGGGUAGGGUGGGGGAGAUGGUGGAUCGCUACCGAAAGAUGACCAUGAAGGAGUAUAAUGAUGUCGUGGAACUUUGCCAUAUGCACGGAGUGCAGCUGAGUAAGGAUCUUCUGGAGCGAGGUUAGAUUGUGUCGGAGGUUAUUAAUUUUAUUUGUAUCUAUGUAGGGUUGAAUGUAUCUAUGAAGGGUUGAAUUUUUAACAUUAAAUUGUAAUGCGCAAUUGAAAAAUCUUACAUUGAUGAUUGCGCAAUAUAAGUCUAUAAAUUAUUGUUAUUAUUUAUUUUUAUAUGGUGAGGCAUUCUUGAGGUAAAUCCGAGUGUUCUGAUUGGUUCUUGCUUGGCCAGGAUUUUGGCAUACGAACCUUUCCGGUAAAAAUGGUCUUGAACCGUGUAUUUUGGCUCUCGAAAGCCGAAAAAUUAAAAAUAAACAAGUUUAGUGCAAAUGCCAUAUAACACACUAUUUACUGACCGCGCUUGCUCGAGCGGUACCGGGGAAUAUUGGCGCCUGGUCGUUUUUAUACGGACCCCGCUUUGCUCUCUUUUUUCGGAGUUUGAGUAGCCACUCAGAGUCCCCCAUCAGAGCGCGCCUUCAAUACUAUCCACUGUUUAAGCAUAUAGUGGCACAGAGUACAAAUUACUUUUAGUCAGUGUCUGGAGCGCUUCACAAGAGUAUGUCGCUGGCCGAAAAGCAGGGAAAUCGCAGCAGCGAAUCAAAUCUGCGGAAAAUAUCACUAGGAGCUAAUAAUGAAUCUCAAAAUGAAACAAAAUACCUUGAACGCGGGGAAGGGCAGCAAACUAGGCAGCGAAUUGUGGUUAGCGAGAGAAGGCAAAGCUACAACCAUUCCACAUAACCCUCAUUCAGUUGACAAUGUGUCCAUGAUGCUUGCUAUUUAACAUUUAAGCUGUGUAUUAUAGUUGAACGAUAGCCAUUAGUUUUUCUAGCUUGACUCAUCUUUCUAAUCCCUAUUUUUGUUAUUUAUAUGUUUAUGAUUUUUUUUUCAGUUCUCCUUCAACCAGAAGAUAAACCGCUGUCACAGAUAAAGCUGACCGCGCGAAAACCUGGACUCUUUUCAAUCUCAACUAGGCAUCACAUACCACAAGUUAAGUUCCAGUCCUCCACGGCUGGAAGCAACAAGCGGCGGCCGAAUUUUAGAAACCCGGGUCCAAACACGUGACAAAUGACUUUCAAUAUCAAGCGGCCAAGGUUAUUUUUGUAGCGACAGUACAUAAAAAGCUAAAUUGGAGAGACAAAAAUAAAGACUUACUCGUUAGAUCGAAAACUAUACGCUACUUUUUUUGUUACAUUGUAAAUCAAAGUACUCGAAGGAUAAUUACUGUAAUAAAAGCGUUUAUCAGGUUGAGAAGAACGCUUGCUAGUAAGUUUGUUUCAGUCGAAAUUUAUUGGGAAUUAAAUUUCUUUGGUUAUCCUCAUCCGUGGGGAUGGUAUUAGUGAGGUUACUGGUACGCAUUGCAUUACUGGCAGUGUGCUUUCUCAGUACAUAAUUUAAUCAUAUCAUUUGAGGCAUAACAGUAAAAUAAUAGGUUUGGCUGAAGGUGUUUGGUGCAAAAAAAUGCAAAAAUGAGCAAAAAUUUCGGGCAUUAGUUGUAUUGUUUAUACCCAUGUAGCCAAGGCUUUUAAGGAUAAUUUGAUUUUGUUUUUUGAUGUUCGUAUGUAUGUCGCGUUUCGAAGCUUGGAAAAAAAAUAAUAGUAUUACUAAAAACAAUAAUAACAAUACUGAUGAUAAUGAUGGCAAUGAUAACAAUAUUUAAAAAAAGAAUGUAUAUAAAAUAUUCUAAAAUUGGAUUUUGGACUACAGCCAGCUGUAAGCAUCAAAUUUGAGAGAAGGAAGCAGGCUGAAGCAAAGUAACACAGGUGUCACGAGAACUCAUCCCGUAAUUUGAGAAUGAAUUUUCUUAAAAUGGCCAUCAAAACAAGUAAGCACUAAUGGAUAGUCGAACGUGCCUGCUACACGUAGUUUUACGCUGAAACAGAACAUUGAUUCCACCUUAGCUGAUACGUAAGUUCAUAGAUUUUAUGUGGUGUAAAUAAGGUACAUGACGAAUGGUUUGAAGCCAAUUGAGCCAUUUUACCCUAUGCUGUGGUUCUCGGUCAAGAAGAGGAGGCGUAAGAACUAACAAGUUCAUUACAAAGCACAUGGAACAGAACUAAACUAAGGAAACCAAAUCACAUGCAAGUGAACAAUUAUUAGCUGCCCAAUUUUUGUAUAUGGUGGCCUGUGAUAACUGCUGGCCGGAAUCUAGGCAAGAUCACGACACUAUCCUAGAACGCGUAAAUCGUCCAAGUCCUCUUCCAUGGCUAAGAUUAAAAAUAUUUGUUUUGUUUUGUAUUGUUUUCAUUUUUUACCCUCAUCUAAUCGAUGUUCUUGUGCCUUAGACCCAGUUCUCAGUGUGAUCAAACGUCGUAUACAUACAUAAG